GAAGAAGUAGAAAAUGUGCGCAAAUAUGGAGGGAAAAUAAAAAUGGAGAUACAAUUGGAAAAGACAAUUUUACCCAUCCAACUUCCAACAUUGUGGUUUGGUGCAUACAACCAAACCACCAAUAAGCCGUAGUAAAGCAGAGGCCCAGUCUAGAGACCUUGAAUCCAAAAAACCCAAUUCUCUCUUUCUCUAAAACCCCAACAAAUAAUUCCCAAAAGAUUUGAAACGCCAUUAGAAUGACCUUCGCCUUUAUCUCUCUAUAGUAUUGUACGACGCCAUAGGUCGGUAAGAUUCCGUUCAAUCUGCUGCAUUGGGGGUUCUGAUUUUUAGAGUUUUUGCUAGAUCCUGUUGUGUAGUUUGGGCAGUCAAAUUUUCUGUUGUCAAAGUGAAACCCAAUGUGACUUGUUUACUGUUUUGUGUUGAUAUGCAAUCCAGUGAGGGGAUUUUGUGAGCGAAGAAAAAAAAAAGAGCAACCUGUUUGAAUUUAGGGUUCUGUAGGAGAUGGGAGGGGGCUUCGAAUCUAGCUGUUUGCAGUUUAAACCUGAUAAAAGUGAGGUUUUGCCAAGGCAAGACAUUGUGGAAAAUAAAGGGGAUGAUCUGAAGCUAAUGGUUCUUGAUUUAAACGAAGAGCCGUUAGUGUGUUCUUUGAAAGAGGUUGAAUUUGAGAAAAAAGAGGGAUUGGUGGAGGAUAAUGACGAUGAUAAAGAAGACAGUGUGAAGAAAAAUUCCAAGGAGGAAGGCUUAAAAGGUGAAGUGCAGUUUUCUGGCAGGGUUUUACGGUCGAGGUCUGCAGUCAAGAAUCAGAGAGUGAUUGAAGGUGACAAGGUUGAUAAAACUGAGGAUGACAGUAGUUCUGCAAUGAAAACAACUGAGGUGGUUAAGGAGGGGAAUGAUCAGUCUCAUACUGAAGUGAAUGAUGUGCAGAGAAAGGUGGGUAAGAUGGGAAAGCUGGGUAAGAUGGGAAAGCGUAAGCGUGGGAGACCGCCCAAGUUGGUGGAUAAGGGGAAUGAUCAGUCUCAUAGUGAAGUGAAGGAUGUGCAGAGUAAGGUGGGUAAGAUGGGAAAACGUAAGCGUGGGAGACCGCCCAAGUUGCUGGAUAAGGGGAAUGAUCAGUCUCAUAGUGAAGUGAAGGAUGUGCAGAGUAAGGUGGGAAAGAUAGGAAAACGUAAGCGUGGGAGACCGCCCAAGUUGCUGGAUAAGGGGAAUGAUCAGUCUCAUGGUAAAGUGAAGGAUGUGCAGAGUAAGGUGGGUAAGAUGGGAAAACGUAAGCGUGGGAGACCGCCCAAGUUGCUGGAUAUGGGGAAUGAUCAGUCUCAUAGUGAAGUGAAGGAUGUGCAGAGUAAGGUGGGUAAGAUGGGAAAAUGCAAGCGUGGGAGACCACCCAAGUUUCUGGUGAAGAAUGGGUCUGAGAAGAAGACACCUGAGCUGCAAGUACAAGAGAAUGAUUACCCAGAUGGUAAAGUGAGGAAGGAGCUCAAGUGCAAGCGUGGCAGACCACCUAAGGUACUAGGCAAUGGUGGGUCUGUAAAGAAAGGAUUUACAAUAAAAGCAGUGGAAAGUGAUCAUGUUGAUGGGGAUGUAAGUAGGCAGGCAAAGCGUAAGUGUGGAAGACCAAGGAAGGUACCAGAGAAUAGUGGAUUUGAGAAGAAAGGAAUUAAUGUGAAAGCAGGUGAGAGUAAUCAGCUUGAUGGUGGUCGCGUUAAGAAGCCAAAUCAUAAACUUAGGCGUGGCAGACCAAUGAAGGGGCAGAAGAACGAGGGGGUUAACAGGGAAGCAGAUGAGAUUAAAGCAAGAGAGAGUUACUCUGUUGAGACAAGGAAGGAAACAAACCACAAGCAUGAUGUACCACCCAGGAUGAAUGUCAAUGAUGGCUUUGAGAUGAAACCUGUUGAUGUGGAAAUGGGAGAGGGCAAUCACUUUGAUUGUGAGUUAAGGAAGGAGGUCAAUUGUAAGCGUGGGAGACCACCUAAAAUGAAGGGCAGUGAUAGGAGUGAUCAAUGUAGUAGCAAGGUAAAGGAAGGCAUGAUCUGUAAGCGUGGAAGACCACCCAAGCUGCAGGCUGGUGGUAAGGGUUUGAAGAGUAGGCUUAUAGAUGGGAGAAAAAAGUUGGGUGGGCUAAGAAGAUGCAGAAAGACGUUGAGAGGGAGGUUAAAGUUUAACAUUUCUGCUAGUACUUCAUUGUCAGAGAAGAAACUGAUUGCAAAAGAUUCAAAUCUUAAGAGGUUUCUAUCUGCUAAUAGGGAUAUAUUUGAUGAUAUGGAAAAGAAUGAAGGCAAGGCUUCCCUUAUGGUAAGACCUAAGGUUGUAAAGAAAGCAAGGGCUGAAGGGGUACGGAGAAGGUCAGAAGCAAAACAAGCUCUGAGAGAUAGAAUAGUGAAUCUGCUGAAAGCAGCUGGUUGGAAAAUUGAUUACAGGCCUAGGAUUAAGAAAGAGUACAAUGAUGCAGUGUAUGUUAAUCCUGAAGGAAAGACUCACUGGUCAGUCACCUUGGCCUACAGGGUGCUUAAAAGCUAUUAUGAGAAUGGCGGUUGUGACUCUAAAGUUGGUCCAAAUGAUUUCAUAUUUACUCCCAUUCCUGAAGAAGAACUUAGCAUCCUAAAAAGAGUAGUUCUAAAGAGAAGGGUCAGAAAAAAGAUGCCAAAAGGGGAAGAUGAUGAUAAAGUGGAUGAUGGACAAGUUCAAAAUAAAAUGAAUAAUCAAAAAAGGAAAUGGAAGGACAUUGAGAAAAAGAAAAAGAAAAAACAGAAGGUGCUCAAAGAGAAGCUUCCACUUCAUGAAGAGGAAAACUCUGAUGGUACAUUACAAAGGGGUACACAAGUCUCAAGCAGGAAGCGUAAGCUACAGCAGACACAAAAGAGAAAGCGGUAUGCUUUGUUGGUCCGUAACUCAAUGGAUGGAGCUGAAUCCGAUAAUAAUGGCUAUGUUCUAUAUGAUGGAAAGCGAACUCUGCUUUCUUGGAUGAUUGAUUUGGGCACUGUUCCACAGAAUGGGAAGGUGGAAUAUUUGGUUCAAAGAAGAACACGAACUCGUGAGAGUAAGGCUGGUAGGAUAACUAGGGAUGGCAUCCAAUGCAACUGUUGUAGUGAUGUCUUCACCAUUGCCGAUUUUGAAACUCAUGCAGGGGGCAAAAUCCAUCAACCUUUUCUGAAUAUAUGUUUAGAAACAGGAGUUCCCCUCUUGCAAUGCUUAUUAGAUGCAUGGAACAAACAGCAGCAGUCUGAAUGUAGGGGCUUCCAUUUUGUGGAUUUUGGUGGUGAAGACCCAAAUGAUGAUACCUGUGGUAUCUGUGGGGAUGGUGGUGACUUGAUCUGUUGUGAUGGUUGCCCAUCAACAUUCCAUCAAAGUUGCUUAGAUAUAGAAGCAUUUCCUUCAGGUAACUGGAAUUGUGUGUACUGUACAUGCAAAUAUUGUGGGAUGGUUGGAAAUACAUAUCUAAGGGGCAAAACUGAGGAUACGAGUUCUACAAUUCUAACAUGCCAUUCAUGUGAAGAAAAAUAUCAUGAACCAUGUAUUCAGCCAAUGAAUGCUUUUGAUGAUGAUUCAAGUAGUGCUUUCUUUUGUGGGAAGAGAUGCAAAGAGUUGUUUGAGAGACUUCAGAUGCUAGUUGGGGUUAAACAUGAACUGCAAGAAGGCUUCUCAUGGGCUCUUGUUCAGCGCUUUGAUAUCACUUCAGACGUUUGUCUUAAUGAAGCAUAUCAAAAGGUUGAAUCAAAUUCAAAGCUAGCUGUUGCAUUAUCUGUGAUGGAUGAGUGCUUUUUGCCUCUUGUUGACCACAGAAGUGGGAUCAAUCUGAUUCAUAAUAUUGUCUAUAAUUUUUGGUCAAACUUCACUAGGCUAAACUACAGUGGUUUUUACACUGCAAUUCUAGAAAGGGGGGAUGAGGUCAUCUCUGCAGCUUCCAUCAGGAUCCAUGGAAACCAGUUAGCUGAGAUGCCUUUCAUUGGCACCCGGUAUGCUUAUAGGCGUCAAGGGAUGUGUCGCCGGCUUCUUUGCGCAAUUGAAUCUGCCCUCAGAUCCCUGAAUGUUCAGAAAUUGGUCAUACCUGCAGUCCCAGAACUCAGGGAAACAUGGACUUCUGUCUUUGGUUUCCAACCACUAGAAACUGCAAGCAAGCCGAAGAUGAGGAACAUGAAUAUACUGGUCUUUCCAGGGGUAGAUAUGUUAGAGAAACCACUGCUGACACAUGUUGUGGAGGAGCAGAUUAUGGGCAAGGCGUCCGAUAAAUCUGUAGAGAGGUGUCCAGUUGUGUUCGAUUUGAAUGUUUCUGCUGAGGACCCUGAACCUGAAAUAGAUGAUAGAACUGAUGAACCUGCUGCUAUUGAGUCUACAACACCACUUUCCGAUGGUACCUUAAAAUAUACUUUCGAUAUAAUGGCUGAGACUGUCAAUCUUCCAGAAUCUGCUGCUGUUUCUUCCUCUUGCAUUCCAGCACCUGAAGAAAGCAAUCUGGAAUUUGACUCUCAAAAUAUAUAUUCGGAGGAGAAAGCUGAUGACGGCAUUGUUAAACAGAACCUUGAUUCUGAGCAUGCUGCUUCUGUCAAACACUCUGAUAAUAUCGGGCAUGCUGAAAAUGAAGUGGCAGUUCCUGUACAAGCGUCAAAGGAUGCUGGUAAGGAUGUUCUUACCAAUGGCUUUGAUGGUACAGUUCAGAUGUCUGAGGAUGUAAAUGACAUCAAGCAUCAUGGAAAUUCUAAAUUAGAGAUGGUAGAAUGUGUUUCUGAUUUUGUUAAGACAGUCGUUCAGUCUGAAGAAGCAAAAAUUUUUUACUUUGUUAAGUCGAUCUUUCAGUCUGAGGAAGCAAAAAUUUGCCAUGCUAUUGGCAAAGAUGCGACCAACCAAACUUCUCCAUCAACUAGCCAAGGUGGUCAACAUGCUGCAAAUGGUCAUGACGAUGUUGCAUCCAACGACAGUAAAAGUGGCCCUUCCAGACAGGGAGUCAAGAUGGAAGCUUCUGGAGAAGUGUCAUCUACAAUCGAUGUAAAUUUCAUUACUUACGAGGUUUGCAAUGAUACUUCCAAAAGAGAAAAUGUGCAGCAGCGCAUGUGCAAGCCUGCAGAGGUUGUCUCAGCUGGUUCUGAGGUUUGCCAUGACUAACAUGCAUGAUCAGAGAAACAUCAACCGCAACAGUGUUGGAUAUCUGAAACGGUAAUAUAGUUUCUAAUAUGGCUCAGCUGAAUGCCAAAUCUCCUGAGCACAUCAUAUUGAGUUGACCGCUAUUCUGGAUCUUAACUCAUUCUAAUUCUGGAGUGGCUCUUAACCAUGCAUAUGUGAGGAAUGAAUCACACGCGAAAUUGAGGUGAUAGUUUUGUCUAAACCACGCUCCUUCCUUUGGCUAUAUCCUGUUGAGAUCAGGUGUCGUUUUUGAAUGGCAGUUACUAAUUAAGGUGUUAGAUAUUUGUAUGCGUAGUAUAGAAAUUUUAAUGAUGCGAGUUAUGGAAGAUUUAACAUGUGGAGCCUGGAUGAUAGAUGCCAUGGCAGACGAGCUUUAAGGAUGCGUACCGUAAUUCUUAUAGCUAUGUACAGUAUAGGCGAAUAGUAUUCUAUAGAGUAGCUUAAUGCCAUUGAGGUUUUUGUAUAUUUUGACCUUCCCAUGCACUUUGUUAAAUGCAAAUUUCCAUCGUUGACAUCUACUAA